GAUAAAAAUUUCAGGAACUCAAUUUUUGGCUCUCCCUAUGUCCUUCAAUACUCAACUUCUGCUCACACCAAACAGCAAGCUGUACAGAGCCACCAAAAAUACUGGUGUUAAACCUUUAAACAGGGAAACAAACAGUAUAAUCUAUAUAAAAAACUAGAAACACUAUCACUUAAACAGAAGACAACCACUGAACAUCAGACUCCUGACUAAGGACAAUUGGUUAUGUCUUCAUCUACCAAAUAUAGUAACAAUGGGACAUUGCCUGCCAUACAGAAUUCAUAUUAUGUUGCUGUAGGGAUGGAAAAUAUUUUGUUUUUGGUAUUAUAGUUUUCAGAAACAUAUUUUUUUAGUGGCAUUUAAAAUCAAUAUCUGGUAAUUGUCAAAAUAGUUUUUUGGUAUUUGGCACAAAACUGUGGAAGAGCUCAUUAAAAUUGGCCUUUCUAAGUUUCUAACGUCUCAUGGAAAAAAGGUAUUUUUUUCUGACAUUGACCUUAUAUUGUCUAUUAAAUUUCUACAAAGGUGCACACUAUCAUCAUUUUACAAACAAUGGACUUGGGAGCAACUUGAAAGUGGGAAUUUGAACUUUUCAGAGGAGUUCCAGUAUAACAGGUUAAGAUAUGCAUGGUACAGUUUCCUGGAGUUAUUGGAUUUGAACUAUAACAAUGGGUUUUCCUGUCCUGAGUGUGGAGACUGUCCACACACUGUGGUUAUGGAUGGAGUUUCUUUGGGACUUAGAAAGACCUUCAUGCCUUGGAAACAAUAUUUAAAGGAGACAACAGAUAAUGCUACAUUUGAUGGAAGUUCUCACAAUACACGAGUAUUUAUCAACAAUGCUGAAACGAGAAAGCUACUGUUGAAGUUUGUGAAGGAGGGGUUAGAUGAAAAAGAGUACUGCCAAUUACAAAAACUAAUUACAACUUAUCAACCUGCAAUGACAGAUAUUUUGAAUGACUUUUGGGAAUCUGGUUUUGCCAAAUGUCCUGGGAUUUAUUGUGAUUUGUUAUCAGUAUUAUCAAGCAAUUAUCCAGUUUGUGGUUUUCUGCAUGAUAACAAUAGAAUCUUUCAAAUAUUUUCUGAUUGGGGAUUUUUUUUUCAAAAUGAUGACAGUGUGCUUUUGGAGCAAGAAGUUCCUUUAUUUUUUAAACUUUUAAAAAACCUGGAAUGGAAAAUUCCUGAAUUUAUGCAUCCUAUCAUGAAGGAGUUAGUUGUAAGGGCACAGUCACCAUUCAUUGGCAAAAUACACAACAUCUCAGAGUGUGAAUCAGGCUGUGCAUGUGGAGGGAUUGGUUUUUUUCCGACAAUGCCAACUCUUUGCCACAGAGGAAACUACAGAAUUGAUAAAAAAAAACCUAGGAUGGAAACAAAAUGCACAAAAAAAAGAUCAACACAUCCAACAUUAACACCUGGAUUAUUUACAGUCUCGUGUAUCCAUGGCAUUUGCUAUGGCUAUGAGAUUAUGGAAGAUGCAGAGAGUCCCAACAUUCCUUUUACUGUUCUCCGUACCAGAUUUCAUACUGCUCCUAAGCUUAUUAUCUAUGAUAAUGCAUGCAACCUGCAUCAGUACUGUCUAAACAGAGACCCUGUGUUUUUCCAACAUUCUUGGUUUUUGGUUGAUCGUUUUCAUUGGUGCAAUCAUGUUGGUUGUCAUAUAGGAUAUAAUCUAGAUAACUACCUACAAUAUAAAUGGAUCAACUCACAGGUUGCAGAACAAAGAAAUAGCACAUUGAAAAAACUGAAGAGUAUGCUCUCUUAUAUGAAUUUAAAAAAUUUUACAACUCAUUGUAAUUUUUUUUUAUGGUUUCGUAACAUGUUAACCCUAGCUCGUAUGGACAAUGAUCUAUUUGUAAACACUGAUUUCAAGCUUUUUUGCCAUCUGAGUAAAGUGUAUACUACAUGUAAAUGAAUCAGUUCAAUUAACUUUAUGAAAACAGAAUUCUCAUUCUGUUCAGAUAAGAUUGUAUGAUCAUAUUCAUCAAAGUAACUAGGCUAAUGUUUUAUUUUACAUCAGAUAUUUGUUUGUCUUAAAAAAGAUAAAUUAAUAUGGCUGCUAUCAAAAUAUGGUUUUUGAUUACACACUCAAGUAACAUUGUUUCCUAUUCAUCUGUUAUUUCAAGAUAUAAUUUUGUUGAAAUGCACUAGAAACUUGCUUACUGAAAAGAACUUACCAGGCAUGAAGAAAAACGUGCGACUUAUUAGUUCAGGAUGAGGACAACUUAAAAAAUGUUGGUUUAGGCCUGUGGGUAUUUUUCAACCAUGUUUUAAAAUUCUGUUAAAUUAACUGAUUCUUACAAAGACUUUUACUUUAAAUGAAUGUAUAAUUAUUUUUUUAAUAGAUCCAUGAGGUGAACAUUCAAUAUUGUAAGAAUGGAAGUGAAGAGAAAUUAUUCAUAAUUCACAUGUCUGUCUCUGUUAAACUCGAGUACAAAGUUAAAAAGCAUUGUUAACCUAAAAAUCUGAAAAAAAUUGCCUUAAUAGGCUUAGAUAAGCCUUACACUUCAUUGUUUUAGCUGUCUGGUACUAGUGAUGUAGUCACAGUAUCCAUUCAUGAUGUUAUAAAAGUAAGGAAUUACACAAUAUGAAGUUAGUUAUAAGAUAUCUUGUGUCAAAAUAAUUAACUUAUCUAAUUUACAUCUUGAUAUCAGAUAAGACUUUGUAGUCUGUAAUCUAUAUAUGACUUUAUUCAUGGUAAAUUUUUUCAGAACUUCUGUUUGAUAUUUUCUUCUGCAUUUGACAGCAUAAACAAAAAACAUUGAUGUUAAACACUUUCCAGGUUUCGAAAUUGUAUCAAAGUUUUUCUUCACAUAACAUUGUCAGGUAUAAUAUUGCAUUACAUUAUAUUUUAUAACAAAACUUGUAUUUAAUCAUUACCUUGAAAUUUUAACAUGUGAUAUUUCCAAUUAUAUUUUUCAUUGAUUGAAGCAUUUUUGCGUUCUUUUGAAUAUACUAUGACACAUUUAUAUCUAUUUAUAUACUAGGUAGAUUCUAGGACAAUAAAUCUUAAACCAUUAUUUGCCCUGGCAUUAAAGUGGUUUUGCCAACUUUCUCUCUUCUGAUGCAUGAAACAAGCAAAUUAUAUAAAGAAUGUUUAUUGCAAGUUUUAUAAAGAGAUAUUACACUAGAAAUGAAAAGAACAUUUUGUAGUAGAGUACAUGUACAUCAUUUAAGGGUGUUGAUUGUGUUAACAUAGAUGUCUAUUUGUUAAAUGAUAUUUGUGAACUGUUUAUUUUGCAUAAAUCUGAUGUCAGAGUGGAUCUCUUUUUGAUUGAUUUUUAUUGUUAGGAUAGGGAUUAUUGUUAUUUAAGCUUGCUUUUUGGAUAUGAGCCACCUUUAAGACAUUUGGUCUUUAAUUGAGAGUUGUCUCCUUUCAUUAAAUGCAGUGUAUUUUAAUUGGAAUUGGAAAUUUAAAUGGUAUUCUUUUUUAAAUGUUUGCCUAUAUUUCUUCAGUAAUUAGAACAAGAGAGAGUGUGAGAGAAAGAAAGAGAGAGGGAGAGAUGCAAGCAAGGUGGGUCUGUGUAGGUGAAUGUAGGACAGAAAGUUACAGGACAAAAAGUCACAAUUAUUUUUUUCUGAUUAUUUUCUUUGAAUAAAACACACUUAUUUAUACAAAAAUAUUUUUGUAUUUUUCUUGAACUAUUGUAUAUAAUGUUGAAAAAGAAAAUGUCAAGGUGGCUUGGGUCUUAAAUGACUUCAUGGUGCCAAGAAAUCUUUCUUCUGCAUGAUUAAAAUUAAAUAAAUCUUUAUUUUUCCAGUAUAAUGACACAUUUCCUUAUCUUUAAUUUGAAUAUAUGUAAAAAAGAUAUAUAUUAAAAGACUUUCUCUUACAUAUUCAAACAAUUGUCAACAGAUUACUUGUGACUUUUUGUCCUGUGACUAUCUGUCCCUUUACAUGUGUAAGUUCAUAUCCCAUUACUUAUAAUGUACUUAUUUUAUAAUAAUGAUAAUAUUAAAUAUGAUGGCGGAUGCAAAGAAAAUAUUGGAAAUAAAAGUGAUAUUUUU